GGGCACCUUCUCGACAGUCAGGCGGGCGGAGCCGAUAACCUAACAAACGUCCCCGGAGCGCUUGGGGGCGGGGCGUCCGGGGCGCGGUUUGAAGAUCCGGGAGCGGAGGCCUUCCGCCCAGUUGGCUUUUCGGUUGGGCGGUUGCGGUGGCCGCUUGGCGUGCGGUCGGGCUGAGACGCGCGGUGCAAUGGCGACCUUUGUGAGCGAGCUGGAGGCGGCCAAGAAGAACCUGAGCGAAGCCCUGGGGGACAACGUGAAGCAGUACUGGGCUAAUUUAAAGUUGUGGUUCAAACAGAAGAUCAGCAAGGAAGAGUUUGACUUGGAAGCUCAUAGACUUCUCACGCAGGAUAAUGUCCACUCUCACAACGACUUCCUCCUGGCCAUUCUCACUCGGUGUCAGAUUUUGGUUUCUACACCAGAAGGCGCUGGAUCUUUGCCCUGGACAGGGGGCUCUGCAGCCAAACCUGGAAAACCCAAGGGCAAGAAGAAGCUUUCUUCUGUUCGUCAGAAAUUUGAUCAUAGGUUCCAGCCUCAGAAUCCCCUCUCCGGGGCUCAGCAGUUUGUGGCCAAGGAUCCCCAAGACGAUGACGACCUGAAGCUGUGCUCGCACACGAUGAUGCUCCCCACCCGAGGGCAGCUGGAGGGGAGGAUGAUCGUGACUGCCUACGAGCACGGGCUGGACAACGUGACCGAGGAGGCUGUGUCGGCUGUGGUCUACGCGGUGGAGAAUCACCUGAAAGAUAUACUGACCUCAGUUGUGUCAAGAAGGAAAGCCUACCGGUUGCGAGAUGGGCACUUUAAGUAUGCCUUUGGUAGUAAUGUCACCCCACAGCCAUACCUGAAGAACAGUGUGGUAGCUUACAACAAUUUAAUAGAAAACCCUCCAGCCUUCUCUGCUCCCUGUGCCGGUCAGAAUCCAUCUUCUCACCCACCCCCGGAUGAGGCUGAGCAGCAGGCUGCGCUCUUGCUGGCUUGCUCUGGGGACACGCUGCCUGCCUCUCUGCCGCCAGUGAACAUGUAUGACCUUUUUGAAGCUUUGCAGGUAAUUCUUGACUCCUUAAAGCUUAUCUGGAUUUAUGGACAUGUUAAGAAAUUCUUUAGGUCUGCAAAAGCAUUCAAUAGCUUUUGUCUACUCUGGCUAUUCUGCAUGUUUUGUUUAAUAUUAAAACCAUUACUACUAGCCUUAUUCUCCAAAUCCUGAACCCAGGAAUCCUUUCCAUUUAAUCUUCUGUAUAUCAUUUCAAAGAGAGAGAGAAAAGGAAAAAUAAUUCUUUUGUUCUCUUACCUCCUGUUUCUUAGAACCUUACUGUCUCCUUGUUUUCUUAUUUGAGAUUCAUUAAUUUCUGACUUAAAAUUUAUAGGUGGUGUGUGUUUUGUUAGUAUAAACCUUUGCUAUGUUAGAAAAGUAAGUCCCGAAGUCUAAUUGCAGGUGUGCCCAUUUCUCAA